AUGCUGGAGGCGAGCAGCGCGUGCCCGCUCGGCGACUUGAACAAAGUGGUGAAGCUCGAGGAGUGGGCUGCAGUGGCAGCGGCCCCGCCGGGCGCCUACCGCUACCCGCACCACCAUCUGCACCCGCCGACACCGCAGCCGGGACCUGCACCAAGUGGCCGACAGGUGGGCCGCUACGCAACCUGCGCGGGGGUGCCCGGGGAGCCGACACUCAAGGGCUCCCCGGGUCCCGUUGACUCCUCUCUGCUGGCAAGCUUCAGGGACAGGUACCUGGGCGCCUCAGCGCCCCCCUUCGGGGGCAUGGGCUCCUUCCUGGCCCCACCACCGCCCCCGCACUUCCUGGGCUCUGCGGCUGAGUCAGCGGCUUCUAAAUGCACAUCCGAAGUGGCCCGAAGACCUGCCGGCCGUGGAUCGGCAUCGGCCAGCCCUGCGAGCCCCGCCGGAGGAUCAUUGGCCCCUCCACCCGUCAACAGGCCCGCACUGCCACCCGGUGCGACUUCGGCCACGGGGAACGACAAGAGAUCUUUCGUAGCCAACGAAGCUCCAUCCGGUGGUGGAAGCGCGGCUUCAAACAACGACGGCCCGGGGGGUCGAAGUGCUGCCAAGGCGUACGCUUCCACGCCCGAUAGUCACCCGCUGCGGCUGACCAAGGACGAAACGUCGUACAAGGCCGCAUGGGGAUCACCAUCACCUACUCAAGCACAAGAUAGAGCACUUGACAAGUGGUGGUUCGUGAAGCUGGAGCUGGACGAGCUGCCAUGA